AGCGGCGGAGGAGGUAAGCAAGAGCAGCUCUCCCGCCGCCGCCGGCGUCCUCCUCCUCAAGUGCCCUUCGGCCAGAUCUCGCCUGUGCCGCGAAGACCAGGGGGAGCCGACGACGCCACCCGCUCCCUCUCGGAGGAGGCGGCGGACGCGCUUUCCGCGCAGCUCCAUCCAUCUCCGCGCCCGCAUCCUUCUGCUGCAGCGCUCCGAGCUCUCCCAGCCAGGUCUUGAUGAUUCUUCAUGAAAACUGAGGUGUAUCAUGGCAGGUCUGGCUUACAUGCCUUUUGAAUUUGUCUGAGCUGUGCAUGUCAAUGAUGCAUUUUGAAUUGAAAUGAUGCUGGAAAACAUUUGGCUUCUCCUUUCACUGGAAGACUGAAAGAAGACUAAUGUGGUCUUGACUAGCGUCAAAGGAGAUUGCCAGAAUCUAGCUGCAGUGAUGAGUUCAGAGGAGAAGGGUAUCUCUCCUGCUCACAAAACCUCUACACCAUCUCAUAAAAGUGCCUCUUCUUCAUCCUCUUCUCAGAGGGACAGCAGACAGAGUGGCCAUGUGUUAGAGCGGAAUAUUUCUUCUGGAAGCACAGAUCUGGUAAUUAGCAAACAGUUGCUAGAGAAUGAACCAGUCACUGUAUCCAAAGAGCCAGACAGCUGGGAAAUUAUAGAAGGCCUGAAAAUUGGUCAGACUAAUGUUCAGAAACCAGACAAACAUGAAGGAUUCAUGCUAAAGAAAAGGAAAUGGCCUUUAAAAGGCUGGCACAAGCGCUUUUUUGUCCUGGACAAUGGAAUGUUGAAAUAUUCUAAGUCACCAAUUGAUACUCAGAAGGGAAAGGUCCAUGGGAGCAUAGAUGUUGGCUUAUCAGUUAUGUCCAUUAAAAAGAAAGCUCGUAGGAUAGACCUAGACACUGAAGAGCACAUCUACCAUUUAAAAGUGAAGUCCCAGGAUUCGUUUGAUGCUUGGGUGUCAAAACUGCGCCACCACAGAUUAUACCGUCAGAAUGAGAUUGUACGAUCCCCACGAGAUGCCGGCUUCCACAUCUUCCCUUCAACCUCAACCGCAGAAUCUUCACCAGCUGCUAACGUUGCUGUGCUGGAGGCCAAGGUCUCACCGAAUAACUUCCCAUGGCAAUCACCUAUCCCCUGCAGUAACAGCCUACCUGCGACAUGCACGACUGGCCAAAGUAAAGUAGUUGCUUGGUUGCAGGACUCUGCAGAGAUGGACAGGUGUGCAGAAGAUCUUGCGCACUGCCAAUCAAACCUUGUGGAACUGAGUAAAAUUCUUCAGAACUUAGAAAUACUUCAGAGAACCCAGUCAGCCCCAAACUUCACAGACAUACAGGCUAACUGUGUAGAUAAGAAAGACAAACGUGUCACAAGAAGAUGGAGGACAAAAAGUGUCAGCAAAGAUACUAAAAUACAGCUUCAGGAAGGGACAGCGCUGAAGGGUCAAUUCAGUACUGCACGGCGCCGGCAGAGACUAGCAGCAGCAGUGGCUACAACAGUUCCUUUCAGUACUACAAUGUCUCCCGUUCGCCUACAUUCAUCCAAUCCUAACCUCUGUGCAGACAUCGAAUUUCAGACUCCUCCAAGUCAUGUAUCUGACCCCCUGGAAAGCUCCACAGACUACAUAAAACUCCAAGAAGAAUUUUGUCUCAUGGCACAGAAAGUGCAUUCUCUUCUGAAGUCUGCCUUCAACAGCAUAGCGAUAGAGAAGGAAAAGCUUAAGCAGAUGGUUUCAGAACAUGAUUUCACAGGACAUGCUACACAGAUAACACGUCUCAGACAAUCACUUUCUCAGGCUCUCAACCAGAAUGCCGAACUAAGGAGUCGUUUGAACAGAAUACAUUCUGAGACUGUUAUUUGUGAUCAGGUUGUCAGUGUAAAUAUUAUCCCCAGCCCUGAUGAGACCAAUGAAAAGAUCCAUGUCAAUCUCCCACUCUCCCAGCAAGUUUCUAAUGAGAGCAGGCUCUCCAUGUCUGAAUCUGUCUCUGAAUUCUUCGACGCACAAGAAGUGCUUCUGUCUGCAAGCUCAUCAGAAAAUGAGGCUUCUGAUGAUGAAUCAUACAUCAGUGAUGUGAGUGACAAUAUAUCUGAGGACAACACCAGUGUCGCAGACAAUAUUUCUAGGCAAAUACUUAAUGGUGAACUAUCAGGAGGUGCUUUCAGAAAUGGCCGGAGGACGUGUCUCCCAUGCCCCUGUCCUGAUACUAGUAAUAUCAAUCUAUGGAACAUUUUGAGAAAUAAUAUUGGGAAGGAUCUCUCCAAAGUAUCCAUGCCAGUAGAGCUAAACGAACCUCUGAAUACUUUGCAGCAUCUUUGUGAAGAACUAGAAUAUAGCGAACUCUUGGACAAAGCUGCUGAGUCGGAUGACCCCUACGAGCGCAUGGUCCUUAUUGCUGCCUUUGCAACUUCAGGAUAUGCUUCCACGUAUUACAGAGCAGGAAGCAAGCCUUUUAACCCUGUGCUUGGUGAGACUUACGAAUCUAUUAGGGAAGACAAAGGAUUUCGAUUUUUCUCAGAGCAGGUUAGCCACCACCCACCCAUUUCUGCCUGUCACUGUGAAUCUAAGAAUUUUGUGUUUUGGCAAGAUAUCAGGUGGAAGAACAAAUUCUGGGGCAAAUCCAUGGAAAUACUGCCAAUUGGAACAUUGAAUGUGACAAUUCCAAAGUAUGGUGAUUGCUAUGUGUGGAACAAAGUCACCACAUGCAUACAUAAUAUCCUUAGUGGAAGGCGAUGGAUAGAACAUUAUGGAGAAAUAACCAUUAGGAACACAAAAAGCAGUGUUUGUAUCUGUAAACUCACUUUUAUCAAGGUGAAUUACUGGAAUUCUAAUGCAAACGAAGUGCAAGGCAUCGUCAUGGAUCAAGAAGGGAAAGUGGUGCAUCGCCUCUUUGGAAAGUGGCACGAAGGACUCUACUGCGGGGUUGGGCCCUCAGCAAAAUGUAUAUGGAGGCCAGGCUCCAUGCCAACCAACUAUGAAUGUUACUAUGGCUUUACAAGGUUUGCAAUUGAGCUGAAUGAAUUAGAUCCUGCCUUGAAAGAUCUUCUUCCAAGAACCGAUGCACGAUUCCGGCCAGAUCAAAGGCUUUUAGAAGAGGGGAAUUUAGAAGCAGCAGCAGCAGAAAAGCAAAGAAUAGAAGAACUCCAGAGGAAUCGAAGACGCUACUUAGAAGAAAACAAUAUGGAACAUGUACCAAAAUUUUUUAAAAAAGUUAUCGAUGCCAAUCAAAGAGAAGCUUGGGUUUCUAAUGACACAUAUUGGGAACUUCGAAAGGAUCCUGGCUUUAGUAAAAUAGAAACCCUCAAACUCUGGUAAACUGAGAAUGUAGAUUUAGUAACAUAUCACUCUUAAAAAGAAAAAGAAAAACUAUGCACAACAUGUUUCUUAUAGCUAAGGGUGGUUUGUGGGCCUGCAGGAAACCUUCCAUUUGCUUUUAUAUUCAUCUUUAUAAUGGACUUCCAAAAGUGCAUUAGCCCAGACCCUGAACAUUUCUGCAACAGUCAUUAAUGUAAGGAAAAGAAAACACAUUCAGACAUGGGAAAUGCAGCACAAGAGAAGCAUGUUCUGAGUUCGCCAAAGAUACUUUGAAGAGUAUCUGGUGCUUAAAAUAGACAUGGGGAGUUCCAAAAUAAAACAGUUUUAACUAACUUGUCUAGAAUGUCCACACAUGCAACGAUUGAAUCUUGAGUCACGAUACUUGCUCAUUUCUAGCUUCAGGUUAGUUUCUUGGUGUGAUGUGCUUGGACUGGCCAUGUCAAAAAAAGAAAUAAUGCUUUUCUGGAAGCUCUUCCCAUUCAUACGCCAUUGUUCAUGCCUUAAAAAACAAUGUGAAGUUGUACAUUGUCAUUUUAAAAUAUGUAUUCUUCUUAGACAUUUGUGAAAGGCAAAUUUUUAAAGCACUAGGAUUUUGUUCAUAUUAUAAAUAAUGGAGGAAGUGUAUUAUUUAAAAGAAAACAAACCCUAAAAGGAUUGUAAAGGAAAGUGAUCGAUUCCAUGCUUUAACUUUGGAGGACUUGGUUGUACGGUCAAGCUGAAAGGAAAGUGGCUAAUUUUGUAACAAUCUUGGGAAAUGAAUCCAAGGAUGUGUUCUCAAUGCCUAAUGCUGUGCUAAAUAUACCAUCUCUUACCAUGA